GCUACGAGAGCCAGAUCCAGCUCGACGUCUGGCCUCGGUACAAGCAUAUACGACGACGACACUCGCCAGGAAGUGAUCAUUCAAACAGAUGACUCGUACCUGAAAAUUGCACGUCGAUUGGACGAAUAUCGAUCGAAUCGAACUCAAUUUCUGCCCGUGGUCGCUGCGUCACCACUCGAAUCACAUGCCAUAGAGCCUUUCAAGACUGAUCGGCCUUCGGAAAGGCGAGGUUUCUACGUGGACAUUAAAGGGCUUCAGCGAAAGACUUCCAUAAAACCAAAACGAAGAAUGAGCCAUAAACUAAAACUCAUCUCGCGCUUGGAGACGUUCUUGGGAUCACUUCCUAACGUUACGGCAUGGCUUACGAAUCGCCAUGAGAAAAGUCGUUCGAUCUCACCACAAACUCCUCCACGCUCACGUAAAACUCUCACACGUGUCGCGUCGCUUCCAGCUGGAGUCGCACGUGGCAAAGUUGGCGAUUAUGUCGCGAAGCAUGAACGUGGCAUACCGAACCCAGCCACCGGACGAGAUCGACCCGUACGGAUCGUACGACAAUACGCCAUGGUCGAC